AUGCCAAAAGAGUGGGAUAAGCUGAUGGAAGCAGCGAAGAUCGUCGCGCAAACCGAGGAAUCCCUUGCUGGAGGAAAGGGUUAUUACUCCGAAGAUCGAUUCUCAAGAGCGAACGAGAGGCCGCGCGACAACAAUAACAAGCGCAACAAGUACAAGAGUCAUGACUGGAAGUCUGAGAGACCCAGAGGCCGCGACGACAGGCCACGUUACAGAGAAGAUGCGCGAGAAACGAUUGACCGAAUCGGUUACAAGAAAGCAGUCAGAGACGAGAAUCGACACCUAACCGACGACUGUUACAGCUUGCGCCAAGAAAUCGAGAGAGCGCUCAAAAGCGGCAAACUAAGCCAUUUAGUGAAGAAUGUGCGCAAGGACACCCGUCAGCUUCAACGUCACGAUGAAGGUAGCCACAAAAAGGUGAGACGGCUAGAGACUCACAUGGUCAACGGACCAAGAUACACCGCGAGAGAAAAAGGCAAACGGCCCUACGAGCCUUCUUGGCAAGAACAGCAAGUCAUAUUCCCAGUAGUGCGCGGCGGUCCUCGCGCCACACGACCCGUCGUCAUUACUGGUAUAAUUGGUCACUAUGAAACAGAAUACAUCUUCAUCGACCCAGGAAGCACAGCCGACAUCAUCUACGAACAAUGUUUCAAUCAGCUGGAUGAAGAGGAUAAAGCGCGACUCGAACCUGUCGAUUAUCCUUUGUCUGGAUUUUGCAACGAAAUGGUUUUUCCUCUCGGACAGAUCAGUUUCCCUGUCACGCUCUCUGACGGGAAACAUUCAAGAACAACAAAUGUGAACUUUAUGGUAAUGCCAGUGAAAUCAAGGCAUGAUGUGCUUCUUGGGAGGGAAACACAAGGCGAGCUAAACAUGGUGACGUCAACGCCUCAUUCUGCAAUAGGUUUCCCAACCAAAACAGGAGUAGCAAUCAUAUACGCCAAGAAGGAAGUAAUGUCAACUGACGAGCUGCGCCCAACAAAGGCGGCAAAGGCGCGACUUAUCAACGCUUGA